GCAUUUCUUCCUACACUUGAAAGAGAGAUCCACUAAGAUGAGCAGCCUAAUAUGUGCUCUCUGCCUGUUCCUGGCUGCCCUCCCCGGGGGACUGCUGACAGAUCCUGACCCGCAGUAUAUGCUUCUGGUUCCAACUGUUCUGCACGGAGGUGGUGAGGGGAGGUUAUGCCUGCAACUGUCUCACCUCAAUGAGUCUGUGUCUGUGACUGUCAUCUUAGACCAGCAGCAGCAUAAUUACACCUUGUUAGAUAAGAAGGUGACUGAAACAGAAGAGAACAACUGUGUCACAUUUCAGGUCCCCAAGACAGAUAACACAGAAGUGGGCUUUAUCACGUUAGCUGCUGAAGGUGAUACCCUGCACUUCAAGUCCAGAAGAAGUGUCCUAAUCAAAACGCUACAGAAUCUGCUAUUCAUCCAAACUGACAAGCCAAUCUAUAAGCCAGGACAACCAGUUUUAUUCCGCAUUGUAUCACUUGAUGAGAACUUUUACCCUACACCAGAGAAGUUUUCCGUGGUUUAUAUUGAGGAUCCUGAGCAGAACCGUCUGAGCCAAUGGCUGGAUGUGGAAACUGCGAGAGGGAUCACACAGGAAUCAUUUGCCCUCACUUCCGAGCCAAGGCUGGGGGUAUACAAAGUGGUUGCCGUGACAACAAAAGGACAGCGUGUGGAGCACACUUUCUCUGUCGAUGAAUAUGUGUUACCCAAAUAUGAGGUGGUAGUUACAAUGCCCCCCAUUAUCACCAUCCUGGAUGAACAGCUGAAGGUGACUGUGUGUGGCAAGUACACAUAUGGCAAACCAGUGUCAGGUACAAUCCAUCUCAGGGUUUGCAGGAAGUUCACCCAGAGCUAUUCUUCAUGCCCAGGGGAAGAGGACGCUGUAUGCGAGGAGAUAACCCAUCAUACUGAUGCCAGAGGUUGUUCCUCAGAUGUGGUGGACACAAAACUCUUCCAGAUAAAACGUACCGGCUAUGACAUGAACAUUGUGACAUAUGCCAAAAUAACCGAAGAAGGAACAGAUGUGGAGAUGACGGGUCAGGGAUCCUCUCAAAUCACAAGCACAAUUUCCAAAGUGUCAUUCAGACAUGUAGACUCUCACUACAAGCGCGGGAUCCCACUGUACGGAGAGAUAUUCCUAGAAGAUGCAGCUGGACAUCCCAUCAGCAAUGAGACUGUGAGAAUUUUUGUGGGGUAUGAUGGAACAAAUUACACUGUCACCACUGGGCUAGAUGGAACAGCUGACUUCUCUAUUGAUACUCGCUCUUUCCAUCAGUCAUCUAUACAACUUAGGACCAACUACAAGACAGUGCAAUACUGCCACAGACAGAGAUGGCUGACACCGUCUUAUCAAGAGGAUUCAAGGAGCGUUAAUCAUUUUUAUUCCCAGAGUAAAAGCUUUGUAAAGGUUCAGCCCAUAUUCAGAGAACUACAGUGUCACAUUGUAGAGAAGAUAAACGUGCAAUAUGUUCUCACUCCUAAAGGGGUCAGAGAGACGAAAAAUGCCGUUUUCCACUAUCUGGUGAUGGCAAAGGGUGGCAUUGUGGAAUCUGGAAAACACAUAGUUCAGCUGGUUCCAAAUUCAGAGGCAUCUGGAGAAUUUACAUUCAACCUGAACAUUGCCACAAACAUUGCUCCCUUGGCUAAGGCCCUGGUUUAUCUAGUGUUGGACAGUGGGGAGGUCAUUGCCGACAGUGUCAACUUCAAAGUGGAGAUGUGUUUUGGAAACCAAGUCAAGCUCACUUUUGCCUCUACAGAGUCACUUCCUGGCUCACAGGCUACCCUCAGCCUUCAAACAGAUCCCGUCUCCCUGUGCGCAGUCAGAGCUGUGGAUCAGAGUGUUCUCCUGUUGAAACCUGAGGCUGAACUGUCUGCUAAAUCAGUGUACAAUCUUCUGCCGUUACAAGAACUCUCUGGCUAUAUUCAUGAGGGCCAAUUCCUUGAAGAGGCACGGGAUGAUGACUGCCUGCAGGUGGAACCAAUCUUUAUGAAUGGAAUCUAUUAUACUCCCUCUACUCCAGAUGGGGACAUUGACACUUACACAAUCCUAAAGAAUAUGGGACUUAAAGUUAUUACAAACACCAAGAUCAGGAUCCCACGUCUUUGUGCUGAGAUUCCGCAAUACCACGUUCAAGCAGCUGGUGUGAAUGCAGUAGCUCGUCUGGCUUCCCCAAUGAUGUCAUAUGCAGAAAUUCCUAAUACACCCAGAGUAUAUAUUGAGACAGUGCGGAAAUAUUUUCCAGAGACCUGGAUAUGGCAGUUGGUAGAGACAGAUUCUCUAGGAAUUGCUCAGGUACCAGUAAAGCUCCCAGACUCUAUCACAACGUGGAAAGUAGGAAUGUUCUGUACAUCAAAGGAAUCUGGCUUUGGUCUUUCCGAGACCGUAUCUCAUGUGGCUUUCCAGCCGUUCUUUAUAGAUCUAACCCUACCAUAUUCUGCAGUCCGAGGAGAAACCUUCACUCUAAAAGCAACAGUGUUUAACUACCUCUCCAACACCAUAAGGGUGCACAUCUCACUGGAUAAUUCUGACCAGUUCUUGGUUCAUUCAGUGGACCGAGUAGAAAAUUACUGUGUUGGCGAGAAUAAUAAAGUGACGGUGUCUUGGGAGAUCACUCUAAAAUCUUUAGGUUCAGUAACAUUUACUGUGAGCGCAGAGACUUUGUCUGGAGAAGGACUUUGUGGAAAUGAGCUUAUUAACCUUCAGCAAGGCCGGAAGGACACACUUAGCAAAGACAUCCUGGUGGAGCCAGAGGGAAUAGAAAAGGAGGAAACACAGAACGUCAUGGUGUGCGGAAAAGAUGCUGAGGUCACAGAGCUCAUCUCUCUGAAGGUCCCAGACAAUGUGGUUGAGGGAUCGGCCAGGGCAGACUUUUCUGUAAUAGGGGAUGUGAUGGGGACAGCCUUGCAGAACUUGGGGAAGCUACUUCAGAUGCCAUUUGGAUGUGGGGAGCAGAACAUGGUCCUAUUCACACCAAAUAUCUACAUCUUGGAAUAUCUGAACAAAACUGGACAACUUUCUGCACAGACCAAAUCAAAAGCCUUGAGUUAUUUAAGCUCUGGAUACCAGGGGCAGCUGAGGUAUAAACACAAAGAUGGCUCCUACAGUGCAUUUGGAGGAUAUUACGAAGAAGGAAAUACUUGGCUGACUGCUUUUGUCAUGAAGUCAUUCGCUCGGGCUCGUCCUUACAUUUUUAUUGAAGAAAAGCAGAUUUCAGAUGCUCUUUUGUGGUUGUCACUCAGGCAGAAGGACAAUGGCUGUUUCCGUAGUGUUGGGCAACUCUUUCACAUUGCCAUGAAGGGAGGAGUAAAUGAUGAAAUUACAUUGGCAGCCUACAUAACCAUCGCUCUGCUGGAGUACCCGUUACCCAUAACUCAUCCAGUUGUCCGAAAUGCUCUGUUCUGCCUGGAGAUGGCAGUAGAAGGUCAGCAUGGCGUGUACACCAAAGCACUGAUGGCUUAUGCCUUCACCCUUGCAGGAAGGAUGGAAAAACGAAGCCAACUCCUUCAGUCACUGAAUGACCUUGCCAUUAAGGAUGAUACUACAGUCCAUUGGCACCGCCCUGAGUUUUCAGAUGAUUCUAAGCCGAGGAGAUUCUUUCACGGUCGAGCUGCAUCUAUUGAUAUUGAAAUGACGUCCUAUGUUUUACUAGCCAUUCUCUCAGGGCCGAACGUCCUCAGCGAAGACAUGAACAUGGCUACCAAGAUUGUCACCUGGGUUGUUAAACAACAGAAUGCUAAUGGUGGCUUCUCAUCCACACAGGACACUGUAGUGGCCCUGCAAGCUCUCUCUGUGUUUGGGUCAUUAUCUCUCAGUCAUGAUGGUCCUCGCACCGUUACACUCAGCUCUGAUGAUUCUCCGAUCGCACACCUUACCGUGGAAGACUCCAACCGACUGCUACUACAGCAUGUUCACUUGCCUAAGGUCCCUGCAGAAUAUAAAGCCAAGAUCAGUGGGCCUGGGUGCCUGUACCUGCAGACAAGUCUGAGAUAUAAUGUUCCUCAUCCAAAGGGAGAUGCUGCCUUUUCUAUUUCUGUAGUGACGGAGCCUGAAACCUGUGACCAGAAAUCCCAAAAACUAUUUACUAUUGCAGUCAACGUUAGUUAUGUUGGGGAAAGAGAAAAGUCAAACAUGGCUGUAAUGGAUAUAAAGUUACCCUCUGGGUAUGUUCCAGUAAAGAAUUCAGUCAGACAGCUGACUUAUACGGGUUUUGUCAAGAGGACGGACACGACCAACAACAAAGUCCUUUUAUACUUUGAUUCACUGUCCAAGGAAGUUGUGAGUUUUAAGUUCUCGGUGGAACAAGACAUUCCUGUGGGUAACCUCCAGCCGGCGACCGCUGUUGUAUAUGAUUACUAUGAGACAGAUGAGGUCGGCAUCACCAAGUACAGUGCUCCCUGCGGAUCAAAAGUGAGUGCGGCGCAGUAAGUGGACGGUAGAGGAGCAGGCGUUGGGCGCAUCUGCGCAUUUGUCUCUUUAACACAUUUAAGUAAACCUCUGUGAAUUCAUGUUUGUCUGCACAACAAUCACUGUGUAUUCUGUGCCUUUCUGACUGUUUUUGUGACCACAAUAAAGUUUAUUACAUCCUUUAAAA